CCAAAGACAAUAAUACAUCUACAGAAUAAAUGUCACUCUCCUUGAUUGCCUUGGCUGUGUUUUCUGUGACAUUUCUCUCAAAUCUUCUCACUUUUAGUCCAAAUCUUGAAAAUCUAACCUGAAAAUCUUGAAAAAAUAUCCCUUUAUAUGGUACUCUUCUUGUUUGGCUUGUCUAUGUUUCUUCUUUAACAUUUCUCUCAUACCCCAAACAGUGCCUUUUUCAUUAAAAAGCAACAAUCUUUCCUUCAAAUACCUCAAAUCUUCUCACUUUUAGUCCAAAUCUUGAAAUCUGACCUGAAAAUCUUGAAAAAAAAAAUACCCCUUUAGACAUGGUCAAUAGUUGUUUUGUACUACUUUCUUCUCUAAUUUCCUUUUCAAUCCUAGCUUCAUCUCAACAACUUGAUGGUUUCAUUUACACAAGAUUCAAUCAACCAAACAAUAACAUCACUUUAAGUGGAGUUGCAGAAAUAUCCCAAAAAAAUGGAUUUAUCCAAUUAACCAAUGAUACGACUAGAUUAAUGGGCCAUGCCUUUUAUUCUUCACCUUUUCAAUUCAAGAACUCAACAAAUGGUACUGUUUUUUCAUUUUCAACUUGUUUUGCUCUUGCUAUAGUACCUGAAUAUGCAAAACUUGGUGGCCAUGGACUUGCUUUUACUAUUUCUCAGUCAAAUGAUUUCACUACAGCUUUACCAAGUCAGUAUUUAGGCUUACUAAAUGCAACUGAUGUUGGUAACUUUUCAAAUCAUAUAUUUGCUGUUGAAUUUGAUACAGUACAAGAUUUUGAGUUUGGUGAUAUUAAUGAUAACCAUGUUGGUAUAAACAUCAAUAGUUUAAGGUCUAAUAUGUCUGAAACAGCAGGUUAUUUUAAUGAUGAUAUGGUUAAACAAGAUCUGAAUCUUAAAUGUGGUAAGGUAAUAUUAGCAUGGGUUGAAUAUGAUUCUGUUACAAAUUUAGUUAAUGUUACUCUUUCAACAACUUCAAAAAAACCCAAGUUGCCUGUUUUAUCUUAUCAUAUAGAUCUCUCUCCAUUUUUUAAAGAAAAUAUGUAUGUUGGAUUUUCUGCUUCAACUGGUUUGCUUGCUAGUUCACAUUAUGUGUUGGGUUGGAGUUUUAAGUUGAAUGGUGAAGCUGAAUUUUUAGACUUGGAUUCACUUCCUUCAUUGCCUGGUCCAAAGAAGAAGCAUACUGGCCUAAUUGUAGGUAUCUCAAUUAUAGUGGCUGUUUUUGUAAUGAUUGGUGUAUUAGUUGCUAUUUAUUUAAUAAGGAGAUUCAAGAAUGCUGAUGUGAUUGAACCUUGGGAGCUUGAGGUUGGUCCUCAUAGAUAUUCUUAUCAAGAACUUAAGCAAGCUACUAGAGGUUUUAAGGAUAGUGAGCUUCUUGGGGCUGGUGGAUUUGGUAAAGUUUAUAAAGGUGUUUUAAAAAAUUCGAAUAUGGAAAUCGCUGUGAAGCGUAUUUCGCAUGAAUCUAAACAGGGUUUACAAGAAUUUGUGUCUGAAAUUUCCAGCAUUGGAAGACUUCGUCAUAGGAAUUUGGUUCAAUUAGUAGGUUGGUGUAGACGUCGUGGUGACUUGUUACUUGUCUAUGAUUUUAUGCCUAAUGGAAGCUUGGAUAAUUUCUUGUUUGAAAAACCUAGAAUGGUGUUGACAUGGGAUCAAAGGUUCAAAAUCAUCAAAGGAGUUGCUUCUGGAUUGCUAUAUUUACAUGAAGGUUAUGAACAAAUUGUUGUGCAUCGAGACGUUAAGGCUAGUAAUGUGCUACUAGAUGGGGAGUUAAAUGGCAGGCUUGGAGAUUUUGGACUUGCAAGAUUAUACGAGCACGGUUCAAAACCGGGUACGACUAGGGUAGUUGGCACAUUGGGGUACCUUGCACCGGAAUUACCAAGAACAGGACGUGCUACUGAAAAAUCCGAUGUUUUUGCCUUUGGUGCAUUGUUACUUGAAGUGGUAUGUGGGCGUAGGCCGAUUGAAUCAAAGGCAGGGCCUGAGGAGUUAGUUCUGGUCGACAUGGUGUGGAACAAAUGGAGAGAAGGGAAAAUUCUUGAUGUUAUAGAUAAGAGAUUGAAAGGUGAGUUCAAUGAAAGUGAAGUUCUUAUGGUGUUGAAAUUAGGACUGAUGUGUUCAAAUAAUGAGGCAUCGUCUCGGCCUAGUAUGAGACAAGUGAUGAGUUACUUGGAAGGUGAAGCUGAUAUGCCUGAGGCUCCAAUGGCUCCUGGUGACUAUAAUGGAGGAUUCGGAUUCGACGAAAAUGAGUGUUUGCAUUCUUUAGCAUCUACAAGGGGACACACAUGUUUGGCUAAUGGAAAUGAAGAUGGUACAUUUGUUUCUGUUUCUACUGCACCAGUUUCAUGUUUAUUUACAGAUGAACUACCUAGGUAGUGAUUGUGACGUAAUGUGCAGAAUUUUCUCUUUGUUUUUUCCCAGGAGUAUUUCCCUGAUUGAAUACUAUUACUUUAAAGUUCAAAGCUAAAUCACAGUACAUUCUUUGUUCUUGA